CACUUGUUUUCUGAUAAAGAGGAAGGAAAAACCAMCAGCCCUUGUCCUGGACGCUCAGUGACAGAGUGAGCAAAGGCAGGGAAGUGUUCCUGAUUUACCCCAGCUUGGGGAGAGCAGGUCAGUCUGUCUGGAGAGGGAGCAGCCAUGGCCCCGGGAAGGAUGAGAAUGCUGCUGCAAGCAGCCGUGCUCCUGAGUUCCCUUCUCCACUGCAGCGCAUUUCCAGACCUGAGCGGCCUCAGUGAGAUCAAAGGUGUCUGGAAGGGGUCUGCCACUCUGCCUUGURCCUAUGUGCCCGUGGAGGGCCUCGUGCAGCAAACCCUCAGCUGGGCUGUGGAACAUGACAAGGGUGAAGGCACCAUCUUUCGGAGGGAUGACCAGGGUGACCACGUUCUCCUGUCUGAGUACAGGGACAGAGUCAGCGUCCCAAAGGAUGCCCCAGGAAAUGUGUCCCUCCRCAUCCUGAAUCUGGAGAUCUCUGACAGAGGAAUUUACACUUGCCAUGUCACCUGGAGAGACAGCAACUACAGCCUGAUAGCCAAGGAGAUCACCACCAACUUGGAUGUUGUUAAAGUGGCAGCCACCAAGCCCAUCAUCAGAGGCGGAGAGCGGGGGCUGACGCUGCCGGCCGGAGCCAGCACCAGCCUGAGCUGCGAGGCCAGCGGGUCCCCUCCCAUCAGCUACCGCUGGUUCCGGGGCUCCCCGGCGGGGAAAGCCGCGCUCCUGAGCAGCGGGGCUGAGCUGGCGUGGCACAGCCUGCGCCUCUCCGACAGCGGCACGUACUUCUGCGAGGCACACAACAGGAUUGGCAACGGAGCCGUGCAGCGCAGCGAUGCUGUGCAGCUGACGGUGACAG